AUGGCUUUUGAAGAGAACAAUAAGCCUGUUGCUUCAGAGCAACCCCAAGCUGCUGAAGAUUUAGUGUCUUCAUUCAGUAAAGAUUCACACUUAAGUGCACAAUCUCAAAAAUAUUCCAAUGAUGAAUUGAAAGCUGGCGAGGCAAACCCUGAAGGGUCUGAAAGUGUGCCCAUGGAGAUACCCAAGAAGCCUAUGUCUGAGUAUGUAACUGUUUCUCUGCUAUGCUUGUGUGUCGCCUUCGGCGGCUUCAUGUUUGGCUGGGAUACCGGCACCAUAUCUGGUUUUGUUGCUCAAACAGACUUCUUGAGAAGAUUUGGUAUGAAACACAAGGAUGGAACCCAUUAUUUGUCAAAUGUCAGAACUGGUUUAAUUGUCGCCAUUUUCAACAUUGGUUGUGCCUUUGGUGGUAUUAUUCUUUCCAAAGCUGGCGAUAUGUAUGGCCGUAAAAAGGGUCUUUCAAUUGUUGUUUCCGUUUAUAUAGUCGGAAUUAUCAUUCAAAUUGCCUCCAUCAACAAAUGGUACCAAUAUUUUAUCGGAAGAAUUAUCUCUGGUCUAGGUGUCGGUGGUAUUGCCGUCUUAUCUCCUAUGUUGAUCUCUGAAAUUGCCCCAAAACAUUUGAGAGGUACACUAGUUUCCUGUUACCAGCUGAUGAUUACUGCAGGUAUUUUCCUAGGCUAUUGUACUAACUAUGGUACAAAGAACUAUUCGAACUCAGUCCAAUGGAGAGUACCAUUGGGGCUAUGUUUCGCUUGGUCAUUAUUCAUGAUUGGCGCUUUAACGCUGGUCCCUGAAUCCCCACGUUACUUAUGUGAAAUGAAUAGGGUCGAAGAUGCAAAGCAUUCUAUUGCCAAGUCUAACAAAGUGUCACCAGAAGAUCCAGCUGUUCAAGCCGAGUUGGAUCUGAUCAUGGCGGGUGUAGAAGCUGAAAAACUGGCUGGCAAUGCGUCAUGGGGUGAAUUAUUUUCUACAAAGACCAAAGUCUUCCAACGUUUGUUAAUGGGUGUACUUGUCCAAAUGUUCCAACAAUUGACUGGUAAUAACUACUUCUUCUACUACGGUACCAUUGUCUUCAAGUCAGUUGGUCUUAAUGAUUCAUUUCAAACUUCCAUUGUCAUUGGUGUGGUCAACUUUGCUUCCACUUUCUUCAGUUUGUGGACUGUUGAGAACUUGGGUCGUCGUAAGUGUUUGCUUUUAGGCGCCGCCACCAUGAUGGCCUGUAUGGUUAUCUUCGCUUCUGUUGGUGUAACCAGAUUAUAUCCUCAUGGUAAGAGCCAACCUUCUUCCAAGGGCGCUGGUAACUGUAUGAUUGUCUUCACCUGUUUUUAUAUUUUCUGUUAUGCCACGACUUGGGCACCAGUUGCCUGGGUUAUUACUGCAGAAUCAUUCCCCUUGAGAGUCAAGUCGAAAUGUAUGGCCAUGGCCUCAGCUUCCAAUUGGGUAUGGGGCUUCUUGAUUGCAUUCUUCACUCCAUUUAUCACCUCUGCCAUUAAUUUCUACUACGGUUAUGUCUUUAUGGGCUGUUUAGUUGCUAUGUUCUUUUAUGUUUUUUUCUUUGUUCCAGAAACCAAGGGCCUGUCGUUGGAGGAAAUACAAGAGUUAUGGGAAGAAGGUGUUCUCCCAUGGAAAUCCGAAGGCUGGAUCCCCUCCUCUAGAAGAGGUAAUGAUUAUAAUUUGGAAGAUUUACAACAUGACAACAAACCAUGGUACAAAGCCAUGCUAUAA